CUCUACUGAGGUCUAUCCUCGGACCCGGCUCUCAUACUCCAUUGUUCGAUACAUUGUGCACUUGUUGAAUUGGUAAAUAAUUUUGAUAGAACCAUUUUUUUUUAGAAUGGAUGAGGCUAUUUAUUCGGCUCCUACCUACAAGUUAACGUAUCAAGAUCAGAUUUAUGCGGUCAAAUUAUCGCCAUACGAGUGGUCACAGAAUUUAAUUUGUAUUGCGUUUGGUGAGGAAAUUUCUGUUGGAACUGUCAAAUUUCAGGAUGAAGAAGAUGUAGCUGAGGACGUUGUUUACACUCCAAUUAGAACGUUUCAUCAUGAUACUAGAGUUCACUCGAUGGCUUGGAGUCCGGAAACUUCGUUGAGUGUUGUGCCAAAAAUUGUGGCUUUUUGUAUCGCUGGUGCUGAUUUUAAAAUACGUCUUUAUAACAGUAAUUUAAAUGAUAUCAAUACUUAUGAGGUACUUUCUGGUCACAGAGAUUAUGUAAAUGAAAUAGCGUACGAAUCAGAGGGUGAAUUAGUAGCCUCGGUGUCAGACGAUCACACCUGCAAAUUGUGGGCUGUGAAAGAAGACCAAAAAUGCAUCUCAUCGUUUUACCUAACAUCUCCAGGAAUGAGUGUUUGUUGGCACAAGGAAGAGUCUGGAAAGCUGCUUGUUGCUGAAAAAAAUGGAUUAAUUAGGAUGUACAAUGUUAGAUGUGAACAAGCCAUUAUGUCUUUAGACGCUGGGGUAGUUCCACUCUCUUCGGCUGAUUGGGCACCGAAUCCGUUGAAAGUUGCGUGUUUAGCUGCUGGAGAAUUAUUGGUUUGGGAUGUCUCUAGACCGAGUCGACCCCUAGAAACAAAAACCAUCCACGUAGAAGGAGGAAUAUCCCUGAAAUUCGCAUGUGGAAAUGAAAAUAUAAUCGCCAGCAUUGGACGUCCAGACAAUGUUUUGAAGGUGACAAAUUUACGAACAAAACAAGUGGUCCUCAGUGCAACUGUUCAACUCUACGGAGGCAUCACUUGGCAUUACAAACUACUUUAUAUUUGUGCUGCUAGUGACAGGGAACUCCUUUUCUGGAGGAUUAAUUCCAAGUGAAACAACAUAUUUUUCUUAAAUCGUGCAAAACGAACUCGAUUGUCUCCAGCUAAACUGCCGUCUGUACAUACAUUUAUAUCAGUUUUUUACUAUUUUAGAAAAUGAAAUAAAGAAAAAUGGCAUUUUUUGAACCCAGUUUUCAGAAAAAGUCAGAUGAAUAUCGAUUAUACGAGUUAUUCUGCAAAUAAACCGAAAAUUCGGAAGAAUAUUUGUUGUCGAAUAAUAAUUAGGUACCAAUGACUGUU